GCCCCUGGCCGCCUAUCGGAAUAUGUGGUAGACAAGCAAUAUCGCGAUCCUUCAACGAGUGAUAGCAGUACCGAAUGACAGCGACAGCGACCGAACGGGUCACAAGUGCUUUUGAUAAUUCAGAUGCAGCCCCGGCAGCAGCGCCUGCUUUUGCAGGUCGGCGCAUUCGCCUUCAUCAUCGGCAUAAUUUAUUUCACCUAUACUGGCGGACAACAUCAGAUAAUUCCGGCGGCUGGUAAAAGCGCUCUCGGACAAUCAAGCACCAAGUCAACGUCUCCACCAAAGUCAUCGUCAUCUCGACCAUAUUUGUUCAUCUUUGGCGACUCCUACUCGUCGCAUUCGCACGCUGGCUUCGUCCCGAGCGCGCCUCUUCAGCCGACCGAAGAGAAUCCUACUGGCUACCUGCCCGCGAACAAAGACGAAGGGACUUUCUCGGGCGGCGACAUCUGGGUUGACAUCUAUCUCAAGAAUGCGCCCAAGGGCACCUUCGUACACAACUAUGCCACUCCCGGGAACGUCGUCAACUACACCCGACUUGGCACGCAUUUCGAUCCGCUCCUCAUGGCUAUCGUCUCGCCGGUCAAGGACAUGGUUACUCAACUCGAGCAUUUCGAGACGAUUCACAGCAAGACGGUCCCGUGGAAGGGCGACGACAGUAUUUUCUUCAAUUGGUUUGGGGUGAACGAUCUGACCGCGACACAAUUACAUUCCAAGCUUCCGCAGGAUGAGAUGGAGCUGCUGAUCGAAGCACAGGUUGGCGACUUUUGGACUCUGGUGCGCAGGCAAUAUGCACAGGGAGCGCGAAACUUCGUCCACAUACUCGUCCCGCCAAUGGAACGCGUCCCAUCCUACGCCGACUUCAACCCCGCCAUGAAGCCCCUCGCACAGCAUCUAACCAAGACUUGGAGCGACGUCUUCCGGAAAGGCAACAAGGACUUCCUUCGCGAGCACCCGGAAGCCACGUCUAUUGUCUUCGAGACGGCCGAGGUCUUCAAUGAGAUCAUGGACCAUUACAAAGAGUACGGUGCGCGCAAUGAUAAUUGCUUCAGCUAUGGCAAGGAUACUCUUUGUUUGUGGUAUGACUUCUUACAUCCGGGCGAGUUGAUCCAGCGGGAGAUGGGGAAGCGGAUUUUUGAGAAGUCUAAGAAGAUUUUCGGACUUUGAUGGUGGCGUUGUCUGAAGAUUUGUACGAUUUAAUUUGUGUUUCAUGAUUCAUGCAGAGUACGAGUCGUUCUACACUCAUGGCAAAAACCAGACAUCGACGCGUCUACUGUGCAUUGAUGUCGAGAGCCAUCAGCUCGUGUGCAGUCUCUAUCAUCGGCACAUCGUCGUCCGCGAAGGGUGGCCCACAAAUUCCACCCACUUGAUAAGCCGGUCCUGGAUCCGCUUCGAGAAAUUGGUCAUAAUCCCAAAUGCUUUGCGAGA